AUGUUACCUCUAGGUUCUUUUCUGGUUAGGGUUUUAAAUCGUUUUAGAUGCCCCGUGUUUCCAUCCCUACCUGGGUUUGGCCCUGAAACCACUGGAGCCAGUUGCCACUGGCACAUCGGUCCCAAGGUGGAGCAAUUAGCCCAGAAGAACAAGGACUUGGCAAGGUACCUCUUCAACAAUGUGAAAGUAUGCGUUCAAUGCUUACGCGCUUGCGCCUACUCACAGAAAGCUUGUCAAGCUUGUGGUACGCCCCUUGAAACGGUGCCGGUGACACAGACAGAGAACGUCCUCAUGGGAUUCAUUUUUGGCGUGGAAAAGACGUCCAAGUUUCCUUUGGUGAUCUCCCUGCGGCGGCAAAGCAUUGACGCCAUCGUGUACGAUGACUUGCUGGCCAUGUCCUCCUGCCAUUUGAACGCGCUGCCCACCAAUCACUACGUGGCGGAUUGGAUUUGGCUUUUGCGCGAUCCCACGGGUGCGAAGCAGCUGAUCGAUACUUUGGUGCAGGAGGCCUGGGAAGCUACAAGAUCCUUUCUGGACGACGCGGAGUGGCGACGUUUCAUUUACAAAGAAGGCGUGACAGAGGAGAUGAUCCGUCAAAACAUCAUGUGCGGCUUCAAUAGUCCGCCAUCUCAAUCUCAACUACACCUCCAAUGGAUCGUGCUGCCAUUGCUGCCAUUUCAUCACCAGAAGCUUUUGGACCGAACUCACGCGCAGAAGGGCCGCUGGUUUCCUUUGGAAUAUGUGCUUCCGAUUCUGGAUUACUUGGAGAAGGAGAAUGAUUUUUUCGACGUGAACAGUACAACUACUGCAGAGGAUGUCAUCCAGCACUUCAACGGAAAGGGCAUCGUGUACAAUAGCAUCUGGGAGCAUAGCUAUGCCAGAUACUGCAGCAGCUACGCCGAAGUGGCCAACUGGAAUCCGCAGGAUUUCAGCUUCGUGGUUCACAAAGGCGCUGUUCACCACAUUGCUGAGGUGCGAGACGGGCGACAUGUUCGCCUGGGAGAACGUGUGGACCUGGAGCCAGCAACGCUACAAACUGAGGACAAGUUGCGACUCCAAAACUAUGGCCGGAAGUACAGUGAAGCAGGACAGCCAGGCGGAACCUACUACAAGCAUCACAAGGCUGCAAAAAUUGGCGCCGGAGGUAUACACAUAUGGCCGGGCUUGGAGCCGAAGGAUUCUUUGUGAUGCCGCCCUGCAUGUGCCCUGUUUGGGCACGCUUGGAAAGUCUGCAUACAAGAAGCAGUUCACGAGGCAUGCUGAGAGCUACGCUUCGAGGUCUCCAGGGCAUAGUUUCAGUCCCCGGGCGGCCGAUGGAUCCC